AUGGUUGUCCUCGAUCUCGACGCAUGCUUAGAAAGACUGUACAAGAAGCAGUUGUUAGCAGAAUGUGUUCUGAAAGAAAUCUGUGAACGAACUAAAGAAUUACUCAUGACCGAAAGUAAUGUGGUUCAAAUCAGUGCACCAGUUACUGUUGUCGGCGAUAUUCAUGGACAAUAUUACGAUUUGAUUGAGAUAUUCCGUAUAGGUGGUUAUUGCCCUGACACAAAUUAUCUAUUCCUUGGUGAUUAUGUUGACAGAGGAUUAUAUAGCAUAGAAACUAUAUCGCUCUUAACUUGUUUAAAACUAAGAUACCCCGAGCGAGUUCAGUUAGUAAGAGGAAACCAUGAAUCGAGAGCAGUUACCCAGACAUAUGGAUUUUAUGCGGAAUGUCAAAGAAAGUAUGGAUCAGCAAAUGUUUGGAAAUAUUUCACAGAUAUGUUUGACUACUUGACGUUAUCCGUAGUAAUUGACAAUAGCAUCUUUUGUGUGCAUGGUGGGCUAUCACCUACGAUCCAUGUAUUAGAUCAAAUUAGGAUUAUAGAUCGAUUUAAAGAAAUACCGCAUGAAGGUGCUAUGGCAGAUUUAGUAUGGUCGGAUCCAGAUCCAGAUAAAGAAGAAUUUGCAAUUUCAGCUAGAGGAGCAGGAUAUACAUUUGGAAAUUUGGUUGUGGAUAGGUUUCUUCAUUUAAAUAAUAUGGAUCAUAUUUUAAGGGCACAUCAAUUAUGUAAUGCAGGGUAUCAGGUCUUAUUUGAUGAUAAACUGUCAACAGUCUGGUCGGCACCCAAUUAUUGUUACAGAUGUGGUAAUUUAGCUUCCAUCUUGGAAGUAAGUGUUACUGGUGAAAGAUUCUUUAAUGUGUUUGAUGCCGCACCUGAAAAUGAUAGAAUAAUCGACCCUAAUGGACCAAAGCCCCCAAUGUUUAAUUCAUCCCCUCUAGAUUUACCAACACAUAGUAUAGACUCACAUUAUGGAAAAUCAGCAACGCGAGCAUAUAGCACUUCGUCCCCUCUAAGGACAAUAAAAACAUCGUUGGAAAUUAUUCUUUCAUCUAAAGACUCUAGACAGAUAUUCUAUUUCUUGUUACUUAAUCUAUCAUACAUGUUUGUCCAACUCGCCUACGGUGUAUGGACAAACUCACUUGGUUUGAUAUCUGAUGCCAUCCACAUGUUCUUUGACUGUCUUGCUUUGGGUGUAGGAUUAUUUGCUGCCGUCAUGAGUAAAUGGCCAUCCAAUUCAGAGUUUUCUUAUGGUUAUAGCAGAGUGGAAACAGUUGCCGCAUUCUUCAAUGGAGUAUUUUUAGUCUUAAUCUCUUUAUCCAUUAUCACGGAAGCUAUUCAACGACUCAUCGAUCCUCCCGAAAUGAAUACGCAUCGCUUACUCUUUAUCAGCUUUGUGGGCUUAAUUGUCAAUUUAGUGGGUAUCUUUGCAUUUAACCAUGGCCAUGCUCACGGCGGACAUGACCACGGACACGACCAUGGACACGACCAUGGUCACAACGCCAACAUGCAAGGCGUGUUUUUACAUAUUAUGGCAGAUACGUUGGGUUCAGCUGGCGUGAUUGUGUCUACACUAUUGAUCAAAUGGUUUGGAUGGACUGGUUUUGAUCCUAUUGCUUCAUUAUUCAUUGCAGUUUUGAUCAUUAUGUCUGUGAUACCAUUAAUUCGCCAAUCCUCGGCUGUCAUGAUGCUGGAAUUGUCGGAUGAUACGGUUGCGGUAAUUGAAGGAACCUUAGAUGAAGUGCGAGCCAUGGAUGGAGUCUAUAGUAUCAGUCAUUCGCGAUUUUGGCCAUGCGAAGCAGAGAGUGUGAUUGGAUCAGUCCACGUACAGGUCAGAGAUGAGGUGAAUACACAGACAAUGCGACAAAAGGUGACUGAAUUAUUACAGAGUCAUAUUCAUGGAUUGAGAGAAGUGUGUGUACAGAUUGAACUACAAAGUGCUGUGAAAAAGAAUAGAUUCACAGUGCCUCAGAAGGGUUUCUUUCAUACGCCAGUUUAUUCAGGUAUAUCCUCUAUGAAUAAUGCCUAUGUAAAUCACAGAGCACCUGUCACAGCGACAAUUCCACCACCACCACCACCCGCUUCUGUGGUUCCUUCUACUACCAUUCCUCCACCUAGUGUAAUAUCAUCUGUAUUGCAAAAGCAAACCAAAAAAGAAUAA